AUGAAGUGUGCCAAGCUUCCUCCUCAGACAGAGGGUUUGAGCUGCAGCCUGUCAACAGGGGCUGAGCUGAGUUGUUUCCGAGGGGGAGUGGAGCCAGAGCUGAUCCACACCUCGCAGAUAGGUUCCAGCGUGUUCAGAAAACAUGAGAAUGCAGGACGAGGCCAAGUGGGGCUCUGAAAAGAAACCAAACGGAGAGCCCCAGAUGAGAGGAAAGCGGCGCAGAAGAGAACCUUCACCAGGUGGAUGAAUGGGUUUCUGCACAGGUGUGAUCCUCCGCUUGAGGUGCACGACCUGUUCGCAGACAUUCAGGAUGGCAGGGUACUCAUGGCCCUGCUGGAGGAGCUGACCGGCUGCAAACUGCUUUACCGGUUCAGGUCGUCUUCUCAGCGCAUUUUCCGACUGAACAACAUUUCCAAGGCCCUGGCGUUCCUGGAUGACAGACAUGUGAGUCUGCUUGGAAUUGAUGCCUCCGGUGUUGCUGAUGGCGUCCCCUCUGUUGUUCUUAACCUGGUCUGGAUCAUCAUCCUGCACUUCCAGGUAAAGGAGGUGACCAGAGGCCUCCACACGCAUUUGUCUUCUAGCCUCUCUUCCUUAUCUGCGAGCGGUUCCCCCUCUUCCAGUGACCUCUCUCUCCAGCCAAAUGACGUUGGCAGCUACUCGUGCAAAACCCUGCCAAGCAAAGGCAGGAAUGCUGCCAGGGCGCCAAAGUACCAUGGGAAAGCAAUCAAGUCUCUCCUGCAGUGGGCCCAAAGAUGCACAUCAAAGUUUGGGGUGGAGGUGCAUGACUUUGGGAAGAGCUGGAGAAGUGGGCUCGCAUUCCUCGCCAUGAUUAAGUGCAUAGAGCCGGACCUGGUGGACCUGCGGGAGAGUCUGUCCGAUGAGCCAAGGGAAAACCUUCAGCAGGCCUUCAUGAUAGCCCACCGCAUUUUUGAUAUAACACCUCUACUGGAGCCUGAAGGUGUAAUGUGCUCCUCACCAGAUGAGCAGUCCAUCAUUACCUAUGUGUCUAUGUUCCUGGGGCACUGUACAGGCAAGGAUGAGGAUCAAACAACAGACAUUGGAGUUCCUGAUAUCCCAACUUAUGGUUCCCUUGAGUCAGUGAGAUUCGGAGAAACCCUCGCUGACAACUCAGAAGCCCAAGCUGUGCUCAGAGGUUUGGAGAAGAGCAACGAGCAGCUUCUGUGGAAGCGUUGGGCCAGAAGAUCCCCGGCUGGCACCCGUGCCACCUCGCUCCACUUGAAUGAAUCAGUCACAUCUCACCUCUCCUCCAGCGACGGAGACAUCGUUUCAUCCUGCUGUCGCCAAAGCAUCACUGAGCUGUCUGAAGGCAGUGCUGCCUCCUCACCAUUCAACAAAAAGAGAGGGAGGCAUAGGAGUAUUUUACAGCUGCCCAGUCCUCUAGACGCAGGCGUAGUCAACCCAGACAUUCGGUCCUGGAUGGAGAAAAGCUCGAAUCAGGUUCACGGGAAGUCCAGAGCAGACGAGAGUCGCUUCUCUUUAAGCUCAGAGGAGGGAAUCUACAGUUUGUCAGUGCUGGACUCAGAUGAGGAGGAGGCCUACAGCUACAUCCUGGAUCUGAACAAAGACGUUUUUCAAAGGGUCGAAGAGGAGACAGUGGAAGAAAUCGACGAGGACUCAAAGCAUCUGGAAGCAUGUGACAUAUUUUGA